GCAAUCUGGGCGGGAUUGAAUAUAUGCUGGAGGCAGAGGCAUGUAAAACGCAGUUUCAGUCUUUAAGAAGCUCCAUGCGCGCGCACCUCAAGUAAACACGAGCGGGGGGGAAAUGACCAGUAUCGUGAGGCUUAAGGGGCUCGAUGAAAAAGCGAACGCCGAAGACAUCCGGCACUUUUUCCCUCGUUUGCACAUACCCGACCGCGGAGUUUGGAUCUGGAUCCUGGGAGGACCACAACACGAGGCUUUCAUAGCCUUCAAGUCUGAACGCGAUGCACGACGCGCCGUUCGCCAUAGUGGACGUUCUCUAAAAGGAUCCAAGGUGAAUAUACGCCUGAGUAGUGUUUCAGAACUGGAACAUAAAUUAAAAUACUAUGAAAAGAAGAAGCAUUGUCUACCACGUGAGGAAGGGAAGGUCCUUGCGCAAACUUCUCCACGUGAUCCUAGAAUUGCUUCUGCAAAUUCUACCCCAAUUUCACCACCACAAGAGCCAAAUGGAGAGGUUUUGGACAAGCCAAGUGAUCAUAAAAACCACGUAGAUCCAAUUCCUAAUGGGUGCCUAAAGACCAUUGAGAAAUCUUCUGAUCCCAGGAUACCACAUAUACAAGACAGGCCAUGUGAUCCCAGAAUAAUACCCAAUGGAUGCCCACAGAUGUUAGAGGGGUCACCUGACCUAUUGUCACCUAUUGUUCCCAGUGAUUUCCAACAUCCAUCUGAUAAGCCACACUCCCCCCAAAUAGAGAAUUGUGAUCAACCACAGAUUUUACAAAAAGCAUUUCUUCUCGGCGUCCGUACGGUGCUAGAAAAUCUUCAGUCCUACCCAAGUAAGCAACGAGAGAUUUUGGGGGAACAAGACAGACGAGAGGACGGAAAUAUAAUUGUGCCAGAUCCGCAAAAAUCCGUGCCAGGCUACGUGAGGCUGUUUGGACUGCCGGUCUCAACGACAAAAGCGGAUAUUUGUUCUUUCUUCGAAGGGCUGAAGGUAGCAGAAGUCGUAGUCAAUAUGAAGCUGGAGCACCGUCACGUGUGCCUCGUCAAGUUUGAUGAUAUGCGAGAUGCUGUUGGUGCGUUGCAUUUCAACAACCAGUAUAUGGGCCCAAUUUGUGUGGAAGUCCGCAAAGCCACGGAGAUGAUAUGGAACCUAGCGUUGUCAGAAUGCGAAAACGCUUGCCACAAGGCCGAGAAGGACUCGGACACGGCAAAACACAAAGUCGGAUUGGAGGAAGAAUACAAAUAUCCCAAAAAGCCCAGACUGUAUAUUCCACGUGACAAGUACAUUGUCAAAGUUUGCAAUUUCCCUCUAUAUACAACAAAGUCUGAUUUACAGCAAGUGUUUCAAUGUGAUGAACUCCAGAAUAGAUAUAAUAUACAACAUCUACUGGACAAGAAUGGCCAAAGAACAGACACAGCUUUUUUAUUUUUAAACCAGAAGGCCAACUAUGAACAUGCGAUGUCUUGCAAUGGCAAGCUGGUUAGCGCGGCCCCCAUUAAGGUGUCAGCAAUAACCAGAGGUGAGAUGAUGGAACUGAAAAGGAACCAAAAGGUGGCCUCACAAAAGGACAUCCCACGAAAAUGGAAUGUUGGAAAAGAACCUGGAUGCUGAAAGUGCCUGAUGGUUCAAAACAUGCCUGAAAAUAUUUGAAGGAAGGCCUGAUCCUUAAGGUCUCAGACAAAUGUAGCGCCACAACAGACGAUAUAAUUUUAAGGGAUCGUGGCAAAGGUUCUUGCACGGCCAUGUUGCAGUUGAAAUCCCCAAAACUUGUUUAAACUAAAUUUUUUGUACUGAAUGAUUGCCAACUUUUUUUUUUUCUAUUCCCUACAGCAGCUUCCAUGGACACAUGUAUAUUCUAAUCUAGCAAGUAGAGAACUGGAUCACCCUCAUGUAUUUUUUUUAUUGCAUUCUUAACACAAGAUUAGAAAAUCCUUUUAGAGUUUUUCUUAAAAGCGUUCAAAAUAAAAGUCAACAAAGGGAAUGUAUCCACUUUGGAAUAAAACAAAAAUUGUUUCAAAACAAUCACACCAAAUGGACACAGUGAAGACCAACGUCUUGAUGUUGCAUCAUUUCUAGAAUCUGCGGGAACCCUCCGAGAACCAAGGCUGACCUGUAGAGGUUGAAAUAAAACCAGACGGAAGGAUAAACCAUGUUAGUUGUUAACAUCUGAUGUUGAAUACAGUUCUAUUUUCUGACUUUGAAUAAAGUGUGGUGAAAAGCUUCA